AUGAUAGCCUCUCAUAUUUCUCACGUUUCUACUGGGUCACAAGUUGCCUCAGAACAAAUUGAACAAAGACGUCUCAAAUAUGUCAUCCGAGACACGAAAAAAAAAUUUUGUGAAAAAAAGUUAUUUCUAACAAGAUGCAUGCAUAUUAAUUACGGGGAAAAACAGGAAAUUAUGGAAGAUUUAAUCGUGCAAGCGUCAGAGCCGAAAGUAACGAAUGACUGGCUACCUGCGCUAGAUCGCUCACAAAUUGCGAUGAAUGAGACGCCAUUUGAAAACCUCGAUCAUUCGUUUCAAUUUGCAAACUUCCUGCUUAUAUGA